AUUAACGUGACGUGACGCAUGUAUGGGCUGUCAGUGCGAGUCGGGGGGGGAGGUAAACAAGAUGGCGACAACCUGAGUAGCAAGAGUAACGCGAAGAGUCCGAAAAUUUAACUGAUAGACCCUAGUGAAAUUUUCGCUUCACUCAGGAAGGACACAGACGAAAUAAAACCAAAAACGGCAACAAGAUUCAAAGGCACCAUGCGGUAGGAACAGUGGUGACAUGGAAGACACCUGAGGACGUCUGGACAUAUUGGAUGGCUCAGUCGACCUCCAUGAGCUGGGCUCAUACCAGAGAUUGGGCUGAUACUGCUGCAUGCGUUUGGCUGUAGAUCUGUGCUUGGAUCGAGUACAGCUGUCCACACUUGUUUAUCCUGAGGAAACCUAUGCUGUGAAGCAUGGGCCUUUGACAGAAAUGCUGUGCUGCAUAGCCUUGAAGGAGGACUGGUCGCUUCUACCUAAGGCUGUAUGGUAUUAAAUUCAUAUAAACGUUAUUUAGACUAAAGCAGAAAAGAAUAACAUUCUAGAAUCAUAAUUCUCUUAUUUCUGUUCAACUGCACAUGUAGUUCAAAAUGCAUCGUAUACUGCACUAACUUGGCACUGGACCCAACAGAUUCUUCUCUUCUGUUUGCACCUCCUUAACGUUUACAAAAUGGGAUUGAUCCCCGAACUCCUCCCUUAACUCUCAGGCCUGAUUAUUCUAUCACCUGUGUUCAGUAUUUUGUAAUUCAUCUGUAUUCCAUCUUGUGGAAUUAAAACAUUCGGCCCAGUGCUGAAAGGUUACAAGUGGAUUACUCUACAGCAGCAAACAUAGCUAUUUGCGGACGUUUUUGCACAGGAGGCUUAAGUUGUGGCCACCAAUCUAUCAGUCAUGAGUACCGGCGAGCUGCAUCAUCUUAACUAUCUAAAUGAAAAUGAACUGAUGGAGAUGGAUACUUUCAUUCACCGUAUUGACUCUACAGAGGUGAUCUACCAGCCACGAAGGAAGAGGGCAAAGUUGAUCGGAAAGUACUUGAUGGGGGAUCUACUAGGCGAGGGAUCUUAUGGGAAAGUGAAAGAGAUGCUGGACUCAGAGACUCUUUGUCGCAGGGCUGUCAAAAUACUAAAGAAGAAGAAGCUGAGGAGGAUUCCCAAUGGAGAAGCCAAUGUGAAAAAGGAGAUUCAGCUGCUAAGAAGACUCCAACACAAGAAUGUGAUUCAGUUGGUGGAUGUGCUCUACAAUGAAGAGAAGCAGAAAAUGUAUAUGGUGAUGGAGUAUUGCGUUUGUGGGAUGCAAGAAAUGCUGGACAGCGUCCCAGAGAAAAGGUUUCCAGUAUUUCAAGCUCACGGGUAUUUUUGCCAGCUCUUAGACGGCCUUGAAUAUUUGCACAGCCAGGGAAUAGUUCACAAAGACAUUAAACCAGGGAAUCUGCUGCUGACCACAGACGGGGCACUUAAGAUCUCAGACCUGGGAGUAGCAGAGGCCCUUCACCCAUUUGCAGAGGAUGAUACAUGUCGCACCAGUCAAGGCUCUCCAGCCUUCCAGCCUCCAGAGAUUGCCAACGGACUGGACACCUUUUCAGGGUUUAAAGUGGACAUUUGGUCUGCUGGAGUAACACUAUACAACAUUACAACAAGUCUGUAUCCGUUUGAGGGGGACAACAUCUAUAAGCUAUUUGAGAACAUAGGAAAAGGAGACUACACGGUUCCCGAGGAGUGUGGACCCCUCCUGUCGGACCUGCUGCAAGGAAUGCUUGAGUACGACCCUGCAAAGAGGUUUUCCAUACAAAAUAUAAGGCAACACAACUGGGUACGUAAGAAACACCCUCCGUCUGAGCCCCCUGUGCCCAUCCCUGCUAACGCAGAAAGCAGGGACCCUUGGCGGAGUAUGACAGUGGUGCCCUAUCUGGAGGAUCUACACGGCUACACGGAGGAGGACGAUGACGAGCUCUACGAUGGAGAGGAUGAGAUCAUAUAUACUCAGGACUUCACAGUGCCAGGACAAGUGGCCGAAGAAACUCGGGAUCAAGAGCACGCAGACCACAGUCCAGCUGUAGCCAAGCCAGUUUGUGUGAACGGGACAGACGGUGGGUCUCUGAACAGCAAGGCCAAAGCCGAACGCCGAUCCUCCUCUUCAUCCAACCCCUCACGUAAAGGAGUCUCCACAGCCAGCAAGAUCCGCAAGCUCUCCACCUGCAAACAGCAAUGACCCCCCUCCCCUUCCUCCCUCAGCAACAACCCACGUGGUUGAUCUGUCCCCGUCCUUCUGUGUCCUGAUUCCUCACAGUUGUGGGAGAAACCUGCAGACGUUAAUCCCCCCCAUACCUCCUUGGACCACUGGCCUGCAGAAUCUUUUGAAAACUGAGUGACGGGGAGGAGGAGGACAGCAUGAAAUGUUCUUUUUGCUCUGAGACUGAGUCACUGGCUGUGAAGAUGGUGGUUUUUUUCCCCUCAUAUUUUGGCUCCUUUCAACUGUUGUCAUCCAGUUCUUUCAACUAGUCAUUUCCCCUCUCCAUCCUGUCAUCCUCUUUAGAGGGCCGAGUGUUGCACCGGACGUUACAAACCCCAUCACCCCGGUACCCCACCCAUCAACCCCACCUUCUGUUUUUUUUGACUACGUUUGUUUUUACAGAACCCUGAUGGCAGUUUUAAGGCACAUUGUGAUGUGUUAAAAAAAAAAAUUAAAGAGAAAAAAUA